UGGGGCAUGGAGGAUAGUUAUACCGGCAUAGUCAAUCACACAAUCACAUGGGGCAUGGAGGAUAGUUAUACCGGCAUAGUCAAUCACACACUCACAUGGGGCAUGGAGGAUAGGUAUACCGGCAUAGUCAAUCACACACUCACAUGGGGCAUGGAGGAUAGGUAUACCCUCAUAGUCAAUCACACACUCACAUGGGGCAUGGGGGAAAGGUAUACCAGCAUAGUCAAUCACACACUCACAAAGGGCAUGGAGGAUAGGUAUACCCUCAUAGUCAAUCACACACUCACAUUGGGCAUGGAGGAUAGGUAUACCGGCAUAGUCAAUCACACACUCACAUGGGGCAUGAAGGACAGGUAUACCGGCAGUCAAUCACACACUCACAUGGGGCACAGAGGAUAGGUAUACCGGCAUAGUCAAUCACACACUCACAUGUCAUAGCAACAGAAUACAAAGUUGUCAUGUAUAAUUUUGAACGUGGCCGCAAGGGCGGAAAGUUGUCCUAGUAAAACUGAUUAAAUUGAGUUAGAAAAUGUUUCUGUUGACAGUCAUUAUAACUGAUGUAUAUUAGUUUUAGACAUUGUGUUGACAGUGUGUAAUGUUAAUUUUUGUAUACAAUUAAUUGUAAUGACCGUAGGUCAUGUUCAUUGUUUUAUACAAACAUUGUGUUGACAGGAGGUCGUGUUAACCAUUGUAUGCAAGACAUUGUGUUGACAGUAAGCAAUGUUAAAAGCAGUCUCUAAAAUUAAGCAAUCAUCUGAUUUUCAAUGUGAUUAUAUCUUAGUACAGGCAAUAAAAAAAUAGUUUAUUGAUAGCACAAUUUGCAAUGAAAAAAGAUCAGGUAAAAAACUGUUAGAAAAUACACACACAAAUUAACCAAUUUACACACUUCACGGGUAAAUGUUUACAGCAACACCAAUUGCAGUUACUUCCUUUACAUAUUUUCUAUUGGUAUUGAUCUCCCGUAGAGAAAGUCAAUAAUCUGGCUAACAAACUUAUAUUGAUGCAUGGCUUUUUAUAAAAUUAGUAAAUAGUUUGACUAUUUGUUUUUGAUAGCUUUGAAAUUAAGAAAUGACUGUUAUAUUAUUUAUCAUUAUUAUCAAUUAUUUAGAUUGAAACCUGCAAAUAUGGGCUGUAAAUUGAUAUUCCUUAACACCAGGUGUUGGUUUGUCACAGAAAAAUCAGUAAGAAAUUGAAAACCUUUUCAACCUGUGUUCAAUAACUGAAAAGUCAGGGCCACCAUUAAGUUCAAUGGAUUCAUCUGUGUUAGCUAAAUAGGUGAAAUAUAAGACGUAUGUUGCAUUUUGUCCGAUUUGUAGGGGGCUACCCAUAAAUAAAGUAAUGCCCUUGUCUUUUCUCCUUUUGUGCAUGCAUUUCACUAAAACUGACAAUGCGUGUUACAAUAAUAGUUAAACUUGCGAUACUGAAACAUUAUCAGUGAACUUUGAAAAUGAAAAAUGUCAAAAUAGAUUUUUGAAUAUUGCCUACAUUUAAUGCAAGUGAAUUGGAAAAUUUUUGGCAAAUGAGUUUGUCCUGGUUUUGUUAUUGCGUUUUUUUUUUCAAGGGUAAAAACCAGAUUUUAAAAUAAUGAAAAUUUGUCCCUUGGUGCAAAAAGAUACCAUGUGCCUUCUUAUGUCAAUCUCACAUGGUACCUUAUUGCACCAUGGGAGCGAAAUAAAGUUUUUAAAAAAAGUGUAGAACUCUCGGAGUGAACGUAGUCCUUAAUGCCAGUAAAUCUAUAAUGAAAUUAAAGUGUGAACACUACAUUUGAAACCCAUAAUAUCCAUACAAAUACUUUAUGUAUAUAUGUUUCAUGAUAAUGUAAAUGUAAAAUAUUUAUAAACUUUUCUUCUUUCUCUGGCUACGACAUGUUGAAUGCUUCACAGAAUGAUUGGCUAAAGACAAAAAAGUUAGUUAAGCAGACUGUAACGGUUGUAUACACAAUAUUGUUUUGACAGUAAGUCAUGUUAACUGUUGUUUUGAAGACAUUGCGUUAACAGUUUUGUUCAAGAUAUGUUUUGACAUGAAGCUAUGUUAUCUGUUGUGUUUAAGACAUGGUGUUGACAUUUAACAUUUUUUAAUUGUUGAAUACAAGACUUGGUGUUUGU